ACGACUGCAGAGCCACAGAAAGGCUCUUCUGCCACUUGGGAGGAAGGAGAGGCACACAAAGCCCCACUCACCCAUUUAUCGAGGGGCACCUGUGCCAGGGAGCCAGUCCCUUGGUAAAGAUCUAAGAAUGGAGACUGACUACAAUCCCAUGGACCUUUCGAAUAACACAGGCAUUGAAGACCAUUCUGAAUUCAAAGAAUUUGAAGGAACGGAUGUGAAGGACAUGAGAUUAGAAGCAGAAGCUGUUGUGAAUGAUGUCUUGUUUGCUGUUGGCAAUAUGUUUGUCUCUAAAAGCCUCCCAUGUGCAGAAGAUGUGGCAUACAUCAAUGUGGAAACUAGAGAAAGGAACAGAUAUUGCCUAGAGCUCACCGAAACAGGACUCAGGGUAGUUGGUUAUGCUUUUGACCAGGUGGAUGAUAGUGUACAGAAUCCCUACCAUGAGACUGUUUACUCUUUGUUGGACUCCGUCAGCCCAGCAUAUCGUGAAGCUUUUGGAAAUGCACUGCUACAAAGAUUGGAAGCUUUGAAAAGGGAUGGGCAGUCAUGAUUGAAUCUCUAGUCAAAACAAGCUUUAGCAAAAACUUGCUGCUGGUCAGAAUUUUUUCUAGGUCAUACUGAGACCUGAUGGCAAGGGGAGUAAUUCCCUUUAGCUGCAUUCUUUGCUUUCACUGUUCCUUGCAGCGAGACUUUCAGUGGCAUCAACUUGUAAAAUAUAUUCUUGAUACUGUUGUUCUGAGUAAAUUACCCAGUCUGUUUUUAAGAUAACUUAGUGAAAUAUAUACAAUUACUGUUCUUGGUUUCUUCAGAUUAGUAAAAGUGACAGAACAUGAUAGUUCUAAUCUCUCUGACAUUAACUUAAUACUAAAUUUCAACAAAACUACAUUUGGUAUUAAAUCUGUUAGAUGUAGUAUCUGUUCAGAAUUUACACAGUAGUGUGAUUCACUGUGUUUCAAGACUAACUUGGUUUUAUUGAAACCAAAUACUAUUUGCCAUAGCUAAACUAAUUUUUAAAAAAUCAUUAAAAAUAUACAUGCUUAGCUCAGCAUCUUGUGCAUGGAUUUAGAAAUGAUCUUGUUCAUUCACUAGGAAAGUGUGAUACAUACUAUUAAUUAAAGACAUAUCCUGGUACAUGUUUGACAAACAUGUUAAGCCCAGUACUUCUCAGUAAUUAAACAAGAGAAUUCAGUAUUUGUACCCUGUGGGUAGUAAGCUUCAGAUGCUAAACAAAAGAUGAACUGUAGGCAUAAUGAAUGUAUUCAUCAAUUGAAAUACAGAUGGGAUAAGCACAAAAAUGAGGAAGUAAAAAGCCACAUUCUUCAUAAAAGCCCUAUCCUGAAUUGCUAUGCUAAAACUGUAUUGUUUCCUAAAGAGAACUAUUUACAGUUAUUUUGAAUGUUUACAUAAUGUACAGUAUAUCUAAAGUAUUUUUGAUUCUUUAUUUGCUAUAUUAAUCUAAGUAUUUCUGUAAUCUCUUGUAUUCUUAACCGUGCUGUAUCGUUUUCUAGUGUGUGGAAUUGGUUCAAAACCAAAGACUGAAAUUGAUAAAUUGGACUGUAAGAAAAAUAGAUAGUGCUGAGUACAAAAUUGUUAACUUUCAGUGCUGCUGUUAUCUUUUAAUAUAGUCUGCUUGAGAGAAAUGUGUUUUAAAAACAAAGCUAUAUAUUCACAGCAGGACCAUCUAAUGUUACAUUUUCCUAGCUAUUACUGAUAUCUAAUCCUGAAAGUGAAUGAAUUUAAUAGAAUCUUCUGAUCUUGGUGGGUUUAAAUGUACGUCAUACACCUGAUGCUGCUUGAGUGGUGUUUAUCCUAACAAUCUGAUCCAAGACUGAAAUACCACUUAGCUUAGUUGAAACAUUUAUUAUAGUUUUGUCUUAGUUUUGCUAUAAUUAUGGCUGAAAUAACCUAUAGUAAAAUCUCUUUAGAACAAGUGAAUGUUUUCAUGCCUUUUAAGAAGUGAAAACAUCUAACAUUUUCCUCUACCCAGCUGUCUUUGGUAUAUUGAUUUAAAAUUAAUGUGAAAUGCACAGAGAAAAUUGGGUAGAUGUGCGUUCAGAAUUUGGAUUCAUGUCAUGGAAGUUAUACCUCAGUGAAAACAAAAUGUACUCUGCCCCUUGUAACCCUUUGUGAAUAAUACAGCCAUAUUGCUUUGAGACUGAAUAUUUCAAUAAAGACAUAGAAACAA